CACCUGAGAGUUGUCAGUUGUCACUCCAGAAAAGGGGAAAACAAAAAAAAAAACUACUAAAACUAAAUAAUCUCAGCCACCGUUGGGGCUAGUUUCGUAAUUUGCAUGAGGGUAACUGUGAAAAUUAAGUGAUCUCCGGUGAUGAAACUGAAUCGCGGCGGUGGAGAGCUCGGCUACCACCACGACGCCCUGAAGUUUUCUAGCUUAACCUUCACGCCUGAGCGGCCACGUGACUACCUCGUGCUUUUCACCCGCUUCUCGAUCCUCACGUGCCUCAUCGUCUCCAUCUCUCUCGUUCUUCGCGCCACUUUUUCAGCCUCCUCCGCGCCGUACUACUCCUCCUCCUCAUACCGCCGUCUCCGUUUCCCCGCCGUAUCUCAGAAAGCCCUAGCCACACCGCCGGCGAGAUCCGUCGGACCGAUCAACAUCUCUCACAUCCAGUUCUGCAUCGCCGGAGCAGCCAAGACGUGGAUCGAUCGGAGCCGGUACACCUCCUCGUGGUGGCGCAACUCCACACGCGGAUUCGUCUGGCUCGAUGAACCGGUUAAGAUCCCUAAACACCACUCCGAUGAUAACCGGUUCUCGAUCCCGGUUCGAGUCUCCGAUACAAGCUGGACUCGGUUUAGAUUCUCCAGCUCGCGUGCCGGUGUUCGGAUCGCUCGCGUGAUCUGGGAUAGCUACCGGCUGAAUCUCCCCGACGUGCGGUGGUUCGUGAUGGGAGACGACGACACCGUCUUCUUCGCGGAUAACCUCGUCAAGGUUCUCUCCAAGUACGACCACGAGCAGAUGUGGUACGUCGGGGGAAACUCGGAGAGCGUCGAGCAGGACGUGAUGCACGACUACGACAUGGCGUUCGGAGGCGGCGGGUUCGCGAUCAGCCGUCCGCUCGCGGCGCGUUUGGCGGCCGCGAUGGACGGUUGUCUGCAACGGUAUUUCUACUUCUACGGCUCGGAUCAGAGAAUCGCGGCUUGCGUUAGCGAGAUUGGCGUUCCGUUCACCGAAGAACGCGGGUUUCACCAGCUUGACAUAAGAGGAGAUCCAUACGGGUUUCUGUCAGCCCAUCCACUGGCACCGCUUGUAUCUUUGCAUCACCUCGAUUACUUAGACCCAUUGUUCCCUAACAAAACUCCCAUCGAGUCGUUACAAACCCUUAUGAAACCUUACACCUCAGACCCACAUCGAAUACUCCAACAGAUUAAUUGCCACGACCACAAGCGUGGAUGGUCCAUAUCCAUCUCAUGGGGAUACUCCAUUCAGAUCUACACUUACUUCUUGAGCGCUAAGGAUCUAGAGACGCCGUUGCAGACCUUCAAAACCUGGCGGUCUUUUAGCGAUGGGCCUUUCACGUUUAACACAAGGCCCUUGAGACCUGACCCUUGUGAGCGUCCCGUCACUUAUUUCAUGGAUGGAGCAGAGGAUGUGAGGGAUAGUGGGACGAAAACUUGGUAUAGUGUAGCGGAUAAGAACUAUGGUCAUUGCGGAAAGAGUGAGUAUUCUCGGGUUAGUAAAGUGAAGAGGAUAUUGGUGACUUCGAUGAAGAUGGAUCCUGAGUAUUGGAACAAGGCACCAAGGAGACAGUGCUGCGAGUUGUUGGAAGGAGGAGGAAGAGGAAGUGAGAAAGAAAUGUCAAUAAGGAUUAGGAAGUGUUCAUCUUUGGAGAUGAUAUAAAAGAAACUCGAAAAUCUAAACAAUUUUAGUACUGACCAAAAGAUUCCGGUUAUGUUUUGGUUACUUAAGUACAACCGAACCAACGAGACAAUGAAAGGCUCACUGAGAGAGGAAAGCACGAAGCCCUCGCUAGUAUGCUGAUGUUUAUCUCACUUUUGCUGUGCACGUAUCGUUGUAUGAUAAGAGCAUAUACAGCAAUUUGGUAAAGGAAGCUAGCGUAGUUGAUUAAAACAUUGAUCUCGUGUAUGUUCGGUCUAGUUUAGAAAAGAUAUUCAAAUGUCUCGGAUAAGAUAAGAUGUUAAAAUAUUCAGCUUGGCGCUUUU